AUGUCUCUCUUCAAGGAGGCAGCUAGGCCGUGCCAAACAGGCAGUGCUCGCCUGCUUUAUGGAAAGCCACUCCGGCAACAAAAAAGAGCUUUCAGUCGCACCCAACCAGCUCGUUCUCCCAUAACCGCCGAGGAAGUUCAAGGCGCCCAUAAAUACUGCGUCGCUCUACUCUCGAAAUAUGAUCGACCCUCUUAUACCCUGAGCAGCUUCAUCCCCCCUCACGCCCGCUCCUUCUACCUCGCUCUCCGCGCAUUGAACGUUUCUCUCUCUCUUAUUCCCGAAACAACCUCCUCUCCUACGAUCGGCCUUAUGCGUCUCCAAUUCUGGCGCGAUUCCGUCUCGAAAAUCCUCGCUGGCAAUCCACCAAAAGAACCCGUCGCCAUCCUCCUGUCCUCCGCUAUUUCCGAACUCCACCAGCGCACAGAGGGCCGCGCCCGAAUAAGCAAGGGCUGGCUUACUCGGUUAAUUAAUGCUCGCGAGCAGACGCUCACCAAUGAUCCGUACACCAAUAUCGCGGCGCUGGAAUCCUACGCUGAGAAUACCUACUCAACUCUUAUGUACCUAACUCUUUCGGCCCUUCCGAUGACAUCCGUGACGGCGGACCACGUCGCAUCGCAUAUUGGAAAGGCAGUUGGAAUCGCAGCAGUCUUGCGCGGGCUUCCUUUGGUCGCUUUCCCCGCACCGCAGCCUCAGUCGCCGACUGGCGGUGGUGCGGCGAGUUUGGGGCUGAGUGGUGGCGCAAGGCAGGGAGCUGUCAUGUUACCGCUGGAUAUCAUGACACGGGCAGGUGUAAAAGAGGAAGAUGUCUUGAGGCGGGGUGCCGAGGCCGAGGGGCUGCGUGAUGCGGUGUUUGAAGUUGCGACUCGCGCAAGUGAUCAUUUGAUUACUGUUGAGCAGAUGCUGAGCAACUUGCGUGAAGGAAAGGAUGUUGGACAUGAGUUUGAGCAUGAGGGUGAAGAAGGCCAUGAGUAUGAUGCGCCGAGCCACUCCCGUGACACCCCUCUUGAUGAAGUGAAUAGGGCAUUUGGUGUUUUCAUGCCCGCUAUCGGGACGAGGCUGUGGCUGAAUCGGCUGCAGGAGUAUGACUUCGAUGUCUUUCGUCCUGAGUUGCUCCGCUCUGAAUGGAGACUUCCCUGGAAGGCUUAUUGGGCUUUCCGCCAGAAGACCAUUUGA